CUGCAGCCAUCGACGGAACUUCAAAGCAGGACUUCGCAGUUUGCCACCGUCGAAUUUACGCUUUCAAACCCAGAGAAGGAGCUCCAGCAUGUGAGAGUUUCUGCGGGGAGAAGCCUGAGACGUUAGUGGGAAGAUGACCUCCACUUGGCUGCCGACGGUACAUCACUAGAGCAUCUUUGUUCUCCUGCUUGUUGAAGUGUUCCUGUCCCGUUCAAUUAUGGCUCGCAGCUGCAUCUGCUGCGUGAAAUACAUGCUCUUCCUCUUCAACCUCCUCUUCUGGCUGGGUGGCUGUGGGCUGCUCGGUGUCGGUGUUUGGCUGUCGGUUUCUCAGGGCAGCUUCGCCACCCUCUCGCCCUCCUUCCCGUCGCUCUCGGCCGCCAACCUCAUCAUCACCCUCGGCACUGUCGUCAUGGUGACGGGUUUCCUGGGUUGCCUGGGUGCCAUCAAGGAGAACAAGUGCCUGCUGCUGAGUUUCUUCAUCGUCCUGUUGAUCAUCCUCCUGGCUGAACUCAUCCUCCUCAUCCUCUUCUUCGUCUACACAGACAAGGUGAGUGAAAAUGCCAGACGGGACCUGAAAGAAGGUCUGGUUCUGUACAACACGGACAACAACGCUGGGCUGAGGGAUGCAUGGAACACCAUCCAGGGAGAGUGGAGGUGCUGUGGUGUGAUGAACCACAACGACUGGUACGUCGCCCUCCACGAGAACGUGGUUCCUGACCGCUGCUGCCAGCAGGUUUUCCCGGGCUGUGGACGCAACGCCUCUAACGCCUUCUGGACACGGGUCUGUCAUUAAAUCACGUCUGUUGUC